CCUGCAUGACUGACAAGCAAUGUAAAGGGAAUGAGCGCUGUGAGGAUUUUGAGUGCAAGAAACCUGAUUUACAUCCGUGUGAUUCGUCCGAGGACUGCGAUAGAAAUGCUGAAUGCCGCGAUAAAAAGUGUCACUGUAGAGAAAAGUACGCCGGGAAUGGACGUAAUUGCUCAGAGUCCUUACCGUGCCCAGUCGCACAUGAAUGCGAUGCCAACUCCGAAUGUAUUUUACAUCACAGGCAUCAUUUUAGUCCUUAUUGCAGAUGCAAAUUCAAUUUUAAGAAGGCUGAUAAUGGCGCCUGUAUAGAUAUAGACGAAUGCAAGGAUCCAAACGCUUGCCCAGCUAAGCAAAAAUGUAUAAACACGCCUGGUGCCUAUGAAUGUCAUUGUGAAGAAGGAUACGAGAAGGGAGAUGGUGACGAGUGCGUGAAAAUGAAAUGUAAAUGCGGUGCUCAUGGAUCUAAGUGCGACGAAGACGGAAAGUGUACUUGUAAUGAAGGAUAUGAAAAAAAUGGAGAAGGAGUAUGUACAGACAUUAACGAGUGUGCCUCUGGGUCAAAGUGUAUCGAGUGUGUAAAUCAACCAGGGGGACACUUUUGCUUAUGCAAAGCGGGAUAUGUGAAGGCUGAUAAAAGAUGCGUCAAAGAACCUCAAUGCAAGUGCGCAUCGCACGAAGAAUGCUUCAACGGAAAGUGCAGGUGCAAGACAGGAUACAAGAAAAAUUCAAAAGGGAUGUGUGCUCGAAAACGCUCUGCUCGCCAAGUUGAUUCAGGCCACUCUGUACACGUCACCAGUCACCUGGGCACCCUCGGCCUCGUCCUUACACUACUUGGGCGCCUGGCCGUUACAGCAUGAGGAACCGCGCCUACUGC